AUGUUGACCGACUGUCCCACCAAGGCGAAUAUUGGCGCCGAGUCGCCGGCAUCGCAAAAGACGCACCACGCCGACAACGUCGUCGAUGGCUCCUGCGUCCCGCAUGACCCCGUCAACCUCUACCUACAAUCCCACAUGACUCCUCCGGCUACCCCGAACGGCUCCUCGGAGGACCUGGACGCAUCGCCGCAUUCUCAGGCGCCGCCGGACUUUCACAACUUUUUGAGGGCCUUCUACUCGUUCAACCCCAGCUAUGCCAUGACCGAUUCGAGUGUUACGCUCCCGUUGGAGGAGGGAGACGUCGUCCUCAUCCAUUCCGUCCACACCAACGGAUGGGCCGACGGAACCCUGCUGGCGACGGGGGCCCGAGGGUGGCUACCCACCAACUACUGCGACGCCUAUGAACCCGACGAGAUGCGGAGCCUCCUCAAGGCGCUGCUCAACUUCUGGGACCUUUUGAGGAGCACAUCGGUCAACGACAACGAGAUGUUCAGAAACCAGGAGUUCAUGAAGGGCAUCGUCGCCGGAGUCCGCUUCCUCUUGGAACGCAGCAACUGCCUGAACAGAGAGUCGCCCGUUGUUCAGCGGAGCGAGAGACUCCGAAGAGGCCGAAAAUCUCUGCUCUCAGAACUGUCGUCGCUUGUCAAAACGUCCAAGCGCCUGCAGGAUUACCAGAGGGGAGCCGUUCGGCAGCGUGAAGGCGUGAAUGAUAUCAUCGACGAAAUGAUCCUCAAGGCGUUCAAGAUCGUCAUCAAAGGUGUUCACUUUCUUGACAUGCUGGAGGACGAAAGGAGCGGCCGUGGCCUGGCCGCGCUUGCCGUUCUGGCUACCGUGGCGGAGGAGUCGUAUAUCCCUCCCACGCCCCCCGCGGAACGUUUGACAUUCGACCGGCUCGAGCACGGGAAUGCCGCUGAGGUUGGACCCUGCGCAGCACCCGGGAACGGCGGUGGCACCGGCGCCAAGUCCGAGCCGAGCGACGUGACGGCCAUUCCCUCCAAACCUUGGAACAAGCGUAUGUCGUCGCUCAACGCAUCCGUCACGAGUCCGCAAGGGAGUGCAAGCCAGAAAAGGCUGUCCCAGGGGAGUCUGAAUCAUGUCCACCGCCUCUCCACGGGCAUGGCACAUCGGCUGUCGCUGGCCGGACCGUCGCCCUUGUCAAGACCGCAACAUCUGGUGUCGGAACGUCUCAACUGCAACCACGACCGCUUUCUCUCGCACCUGGGAUCCUUCAUCGGCCGACUGCACCUGCAGUUCCAUUCGCGAUCCGAGCUCGCCACCGCCAUCAAGCAGUCCGCCACGUCGGGUGGUGACCUUUUGGCCGUCAUCGAUGGCGUGGGCAGCUACAACAGUUCCAGCUCGGCCGCCAUCAGCCAGGUUCGGAUGGCCAUGUUUGAGCGCAUCCAGACUUUGGUGUUCACGGCUCGCGACACCUUGGCCAACGCAGCGAGCGAGGGCACGGACAUCAUCAUGCCGCAAGACAACAGCUGCUUACUCGCGGCCGCCACGGAUUGUGUACGAACUGCCGGCGAGUGUGUCGCGAAGACGAAGGCGGCCAUUGAGCGCGUCGGAGACUUCGAGUUCGAGGUCGGGGACAGCGUGCUCGACGUUGAUCUAAGCAUCUUGGAUGUGGCGGAUGAGCCGCUGAGAUCCCCGUCCAUCACGGGCCCGUCGAAUGCCGCCUGCAAGGAUGCCCGAUCGCUUCCGGCCUGCGACACGUCCACGGCCCCUGCCACUCGGCCUGCUGGCCGUGCAGUCGACAAGCCGCUACCCCAGGUUCCACGAAUUAGCAUCCCGACGGAUCAGCAGCUUUGGCGGUGCACCUCCCCAGAAUCCUCCCGGUCCGCGUCGUUCAACGACGACAACAACUCGAGCGCGGCUUCCUCCGUCUCCUCCGUCCGACCCGCAAUGCCCACGCUCCCCGAGCUCUCGACGGCGUCCCGCCUGUUUGAUCGCAGUUCAGCCGAGCACUCCAAGAAUGAGUCGGACAUGCACAGCUCUCGAUUCGAUUCCGUUGCGGCCUCGAGUGCUGGAAGCACCGCCACGUACCUCAGCCGGGAUUCCGAGGCCAGCCUCAUGUCGCAAACCUCGACUCGGGCCACAACGCCGGACCACGUGCCGACAUGCCGCGACCAACCGUCCGUGUCGGAGCUCGGCGCUCCCGGAAACUCCUCGCACGGGGACGAGGCUGACGAGGUGGAGAUGAGACUGCUCGAGAAGACUUUUGCGCACGAGCUCAUGUUCAACAAGGAAGGCCAGGUCGUGGGGGGGUCUCUGCCGGCGUUGGUGGAGCGACUUACAACGCACGAGUCCACGCCCGAUGCCGCGUUCGUCUCGACGUUCUACCUCACCUUUCGGCUCUUUUGCACGCCUCUUCGCCUCACGGAAGCCCUCAUCGACCGCUUCGACUAUGUGGCCGACUCCCCUCACAUGUCGGUACCCGUCCGCCUGAGAGUCUACAAUUCAUUCAAGGGCUGGCUCGAGUCUCACUGGAGGGACCAGACUGACCGGGAGGCUCUGAAGCUCAUCAUCCCCUUCGCCGAAUUCAAGCUCGCUUCCGUUCGGGCUUCGGCGGGCAACCGGCUCCUGGAGCUGGCAAGACGCGUUUCGGGAGACGGCUCGCUCGUGCCCAGACUAGUCUCCUCCAUGGGCAAGACGAAUACAGCAAUCGCCCAGUACGUGCCGGCGGAUGCGCCGCUGCCCCAGCCGGCCAUCUCAAAGAGUCAGCAGCACUUUCUGGCUGCGUUCAAGACUGGCGGCACCAUGCCGACGAUUCUUGACUUUGAGUCUGUCGAGCUGGCGCGUCAGCUUACCAUCAAGCAGAUGGGCAUCUUUUGCUCAAUCCUCCCCCAAGAGUUGCUUGCUUCGCAGUGGAUGAAGAACGGCGGCGCGGAGGCACCGCACGUCAAGGCCAUGUCAUCCAUGUCGACGGACCUGUCCAACCUGGUUGCCGAUACGAUCCUUCAGUACUGCGAGAUCAAGAAGCGUGCCGCCGUCAUCAAGCAAUGGAUCAAGAUCGCGCACCAGUGCCUCGAGCUUCACAACUAUGACGGUUUAAUGGCCAUCAUCUGCAGCCUGAACAGCAGCACCAUCAGCCGUCUGCGCAAGACAUGGGAUGUCAUUUCACCCAAGCGCAAAGAGAUGCUGCGGAACCUCCAGGAAAUCGUGGAGCCAUCCCAGAACAACAAGGUGCUACGGGCCCGGCUUCAUGACCACGUUCCUCCGUGCCUCCCCUUUCUCGGCAUGUACCUCACCGACCUCACCUUUGUCGACAUUGGCAACCCUGCCACGAAGCAAAUGUCACUCUGUGCCCAGUCGGACGAGGAGGCGGCUGGAGGUCUGACAGUCGUCAACUUCGACAAGCAUUCCCGCACCGCCAAGAUCAUUGGCGAGCUGCAACGCUUCCAGAUUCCAUAUCGGCUAAUGGAGGUCCCCGACAUGCAGGACUGGCUGACGGCUCAGAUCCGACGAGUUCGCGAUGGUGACCAAGGGAAGGUUCAGGUCUCGUACUAUCGCAAGAGCCUGCUUCUCGAACCCCGGGAGAGCUCUUCGCGACGAGAAGGGGAGCCUCCAACGCCGACGUCAGGGGCCGGAAGCUCGCGGACCGACCUAUUUGCGUGGAUGUCCCGUGAUCGCGGGGGCCAGACCCCCACGCCGGCGCUAGGGUGA